GAUGUAACGCCAUCCUCAGCGGAGCUGCGGGGGUCUGUAGCUGGGGUGCUUAGUUUAGAAACACAGCAGCAGAUUGUUGGAGGUUAAGGUGGAUUCAAGGCUGUUUAUUGUAUUGGAUCAGAUCAAGUAACAGAGUCAUUGUGAUGUAUUGAUUGGACAUGUUCUAAUAGUUUCAGCGCUUUGGACAGAUGUUUGCUGUGGUUUAAAAUGAAGACUGGAUUCUCUGUAGGUGAAUAUGGAAGGGUGGUUAGAGUUUCCCCCGGUCUCCAGUAAAGUGGAGCAGCAGAAGAUCCAGCUCUAAUCAGCAGCUCCACACCUCUGUACUCAGACUGCUCUGCUGGAGGAACACCAUCAGCUCACCUGCUGCAGGUUCCCCCAGGCUCCCCUGCCCCAGGACACCCCUUGGUCUCUACCCAGACCUUAAGGACCCGGGUGGCUCGCGCGCCGCCAUUUCCACAGGAUCCAGAAAUGAAUGCUGUUCUUUUCCAGCUCUUCCCCUGAUCUCAGUGUUAGUGUUCCUGGAAGAAGGCUAGCUGCACAAAUACAAUCAGAAGAUUUUAAGCUGCUGAAUGAAAGGGAGAACAUGGCAUCCAAAGAAAUCUCUGAUAUUCAACAAACAUCAUCUCCUACACCCAAGAGGCAAAGGCAGAAAAGUACAGGCAAGGAGAAACCUCACCACUGCUCAGACUGUGGGAAGAGCUUUACUCAAAAGACUCAUCUACAAACACACCAGCGCAUUCACACUGGAGAGAAACCAUUUCACUGCUCAGACUGUGGGAUGAAGUUUAAUCACCAGUCUAAUUUCCAGCGACACCAGCGCAUUCACACUGGAGAGAAACCAUAUAUCUGCAAAUACUGUGGGAUGAGUUUUCAUAAUCCGAUUAGUCUUCGAACACACAGACACAUUCACACUGUAAAUAAACCAUUUCACUGCACAGUGUGUGGGAAUGUUUUUUUACACAAGAACCAUCUCAAAGAACACCAGCGCAUUCACACUGGAGAGAAACCAUAUCAGUGUUCAGACUGUGGGAAGAGUUUUAAUAAACAGUGUACUCUGACAAAACACAAGCGCAUUCACACGGGAGAGAAACCCUAUUACUGUUCACAAUGUGGUAUGAAUUUUUAUCGACAGAGUCAUCUGCAACAACACCAGCGCAUUCACACUGGAGAGAAACCAUAUUACUGCUCAGACUGUGGAAAGAAUUUUAAUCACCAGUAUAAUUUCCAACGACACCAACGCAUUCACAAUAAAAAGAAACUGUAUCUCUGCUCAGACUGUGGCAAGAGUUUUAAAUAUCUGAUCGGUCUUCGAAGACACAGACACAUUCACACUGGAGAGAAACCGCAUCAUAGCAUAGAGUGUGGGAUUAAUUUUCUUCAACUUUGUCAUCUCAAAGAACACCAGCGUAUUCACACUGGUGAGAAACUGUUUCACUGCUCAGACUGUGGGAUGAACAUUCAUCAUAAGGGUCAUCUCCAGCGGCACCAAUGCAUUCACACUGGAGAGAAAUCAUAUCACUGCUCAGAUUGUGGGUUGAAUUUUAAUCACCAGUAUAAUUUUCAGCGACAUCAACGCAUUCACGCUGGAAAAAAAACAUAUCUCUGCUCAGACUGUGGAAAAAAUUGUAAUAAUCAGACCAGUCUCCAGCGACACCAGCUCAUUCACCCUGGAAAGAAAUCGUAUCACUGCUCAGACUGUAGAAAGAGUUUUAAAAAUCAGAGUAGUCUCCAGCAACAUCAGUGCAUUCAAACUGAAAAGAAACCGUAUCUUUGCUCAGAUUGUGGCAAGAGUUUUAAACAUCCUAUUGGUCUUCGAACACACAGGUACAUUCAUACUGGAGAGAAACCAUUUCACUGCUCAGAGUGUGGGAAGACUUUUCGUCAAAAGAGUCAUCUCAAACAACACCAGAGCAUUCACACUGGAGAGAAACCGUAUCAGUGCUCAGAAUGUGGGAUGAAUUUUCCUCGACAGGCUAGUCUCCAGCGGCAUCAGCGCAUUCACACUGCAGAGUAACCGCAUCACUGCUCAGACUGUGGGACAAACUUAAAUAAUCAGUGUGGUCUCUAGUGACACCAGCCCAUUCACACUGGAGUGAAACCACAUUACUGAUUAGACUGUGGGAAGAGUUUUAAUAGUACGAUUAGUCACCAAACACACAGAUACAUUCACACUGGAGAGAUUAUUUCAGUAACUCUACUACAGUGAUUUGUAUAUGUUCUCUUUAUUUGUGUAUGCAAUAUUAGUAGCAGUGGGAUGUGACUAGAUAUGGUCUGUAUAGUAAAUAAGACACAUUUGGAACUGCUGCUGGUUUGCAUGCAAGACAGCAUGAUGAAAACAUGCAAACGUGUGAGUGUGUUAGUUAACCUUACUAACUCUGCUGAGAAGCGGCCUAACCUUUUAUAUAUUAUGUCCAGGCUGCAGGUAAUAUAGCUGCAUUGCUCAGAACUGAACCACUAGAACUGAACAAUUUAAAACUUUUUCUCAGCAACCAAACUGAACUAUUUUAUUAAUACAUUGCUUAUUUUUUCUUGACUAUUAUAAAGCAAGCUGUUUAUUCAUUGGUGGUUUAUACUGAAGCGUAGCUUUACAGUAUACAGUAUACAGUAGUGUGAAAGUGUUUACCCUGUAAGGAUUUCUUAUAUUUUUUGUCUGUAUGUCACUCUUAAAUGUUUCAGAUCAUCAAACAACUUUAAAUAUUAGUCAAAGAAAACACAAGUAAACACAAAAUGCAGUUUUUAAAUAAGGUUUUUUAUUAUUAUUACAUAUAACUGGUUUAGCCACCAUUAGCAGUAACAGCUGUAUUCAAGCUUUUGCGGUCAUUUUCAAUUAGUCUUUCACAGAGCUGUGGAGAAAUUUUGGCUCCAUCAUCUACUUUACAGAAUUGUUGUAAUUCUGCCACAUUGGAGGGUUUUCUAAGGUCAUUCCAUAGCAUUUCAAGUCAGGACUUUGACUACUUCACUCCAAAGUCUUCAUUUUGUUUUUCUUCAGCCAUUUUGAGGUGGACUUGCUGGUGUGUUUUGGAUCAUUGUCAUGCUGCAGAUCUUAAGUUUGUUUCAGCUUGAGGUCACAAACAGACAAAACACUUUUUCACACAGGGCCAUGUAGUUUUGCAUUUUUUCUCCCUUAUUAAUAAAAUAUAACCUUAACCCUAACCUAACCUUAAUUUAAAACUGCAUUUCCUGUGUGACAAACAUGCAAAAAAUGCUUUUCUACACCACCAUAUGUGAUACAUUCUUGAGUUCAUGUAUUUACAUAAAGGAAAUCUGUAUACUGAA